AUGCUUGCACAUUGCAUAUGCUUGCAGAUCGCAUAUGCUUGCAGAUUGCAUAUGGCAUAUGCUUGCAGAUCGCAUAUGGCAUAUGCUUGCAGAUCGCAUAUGGCAUAUGCUUGCAGAUCGCAUAUGGCAUAUGCUUGCAGAUCGCAUAUGGCAUAUGCUUGCACAUUGCAGAUCGCCUAUGCUUGCAGACCGCAUAACGCAUAUGCUUGCAGAUCGCAUAUCGCAUAUGCUUGCAUAUCGCAUAUGCUUGCAGAUCGCAUAUGCUUGCAGAUCGCAAAUGCUUGCAGUUGGCAGAUGGUUGCAUUUGGCAUAUGCUUGCAGAUCGCAUAUGGCAUAUGCUUGCAGAUCGCAUAUGGCAUAUGCUUGCAGAUCGCAUAUGCUUGCAGAUCGCAUAUGGCACAUGCUUGCAGACUGUAUCGCAUAUGCUUGCAGACAGCAUAUGCUUGCAGAUCGCAUAUGGCAUAUGCUUGCAGAUCGCAUACGGCAUUUGCUUGCAGAUCGCAUAUGCUUGCAGACGGCAUAGGCUUGCAGAUCGCAUAUGGCAUAUGCUUGCAGAUCGCAUAUGGCAUAUGCUUGCAGAUAGCAUAUGGCAUAUGCUUGCAGGUCGCAUAUGCUUGC